GUCGGGGAGGGAACGAUAAUUGUGUGAAGUUGUCAGAAUGUUGGGUUAAUUUGUUUUAAGGUAGCAUGAUGUAGUUCAGUAAUGAUGUACUAAUGAAUGCAAAGCUCGUUAAUAUAUAUUAACAAUUAUUGUAUUUUUAAUAAUAUUAAAUAAGCACAGACAAGGGAAGUAUGCACAUAGGUGCCUUCAAAAUUUUGAUCUGUAAAAUAAUAAAAGCUGUAACACCAAGUCUCUGUUUACGUGAUGGCCGAGAAAAUCCCAAGCAGUUCGCCAGGAAGUCACGAGAGGGUGUUAGAUGCAUUCAGCGGCCGCCCAUUUCCUCUGCAGGCGUGGGGGAAAAUGGUAAUAACUCCACUUCUAGGGCUACUGAAUCACAAUCACUUGCAGCUCUUGAGGCUUUGAUGAAUGAAUUUUUUGCUCCAGAGACUAGCAAUGACAGGAAACGAGAAAUUGAAACAGUGCUUCAUGACUUUAGUAACCAGCAAGGAGCAUGGAAACAUUGCAUUUAUUUUAUGUCACAUUCCAGCAAUCAGUAUGUCUGCAUGUACAGUCUGAAUACUAUUGAAAAAUUAAUUACAAAGCAGUGGCUUGGUCUUAUGUGGGAUGAACGUGCUCAAAUAAAGUCAAUGCUUUACCAGUUCGCUUUGGAACACCAUAAUACAGUACCAAAUUUCAUUCGAAAUAAACUAGUCAAGUUAGUUGUGGACAUUGCUCGGCUUGACUGGCCUCACUUCUAUCCAGAUUUUUUCACCAAUAUUUUACAACUGAUCCAGAAUCCAGAAACAACAGUUCUUGGUCUAGUCUUUCUGCAAACAGCAUCAGAGGAACUAGUUUGCCCAUGGGAAGAUCUAAGCAUUUCACGUAAAGAAGAGCUUCGGCGCCUGUUGCUGGCACACAUUCCCCAGGUUUUCUCCAUUCUCACAAAUCUGUUUGAACAAAUCGCACAGAAGCAACAACAACAUGGUGUUACAGCAACCCCUCCUCCAUCACCAACCCAUGGGCAGCCCAACUCAACAUCACCAGUUCAUUCAGGCUCUUUGCUGAGUUCAGUGCUUGGAAAUGGAAGGAAGUUCCACAGCUGUUUGGACACAGAUAGCGACACAAUUUGUUGCCUGGCCUUACAGGCACUGACACAUCUUCUUUCCUGGGUUCCUAUUUCAUCGUACAUUACGCCAAAUCUCGUAGCCUCACUUUUUCAACUAGCUAGCAUUACACAGGCUUCAUCUGCACAUGAAGGCCAUAGUGUUGGAAUGCUGGCAAUGGCUGCAAUAAAUGAAAUAAUGUACAAAAAUUGCAUACCUGUCUCUUGUGAGGAUUUUCUUUUGGGUGUUUUUCAACAGGCAAUGCAUUUAAUGAACAAUAUACUGCAAUCAGGGGGACUUGAGCACUUAGAAGAAAGUUACCAAGAGAAGAUAACAGAGUUUCUCAGAGUUUUUGUUGGCUUACACCUGCGACGCCUUGAAAAUAACCAAAAAUUCUCUUUAUUGGACUUUUUGUCAAUGUUAUUCAAGUAUACAUUCCAACAAUCAAGUCUGGAGCAUUUCUCUAAUUGCCUAGAAGUAUGGAACAUCCUUCUGGGGCAGCUGGAUACAGGGACUGAAAUGCUUACGACGACGUUUCAUGCAGCCUUGCUGUCUUUAGUGGAACAGAUAUUAAGAAAAAUACAAUUUAAAUUUAAUCAAUGUGAAUUGGAAGAACUGGAUGAUAAAACUCUGGAUGAUGAUGAGCAAACAGAAUGGCAGAAGUUUCUUCGGCAAAAUAUAGAAAUUGUCGCAAAAGUUGGUGAAUUUGCUCCAUUAGAUACAUACUCAUUAGUGUAUGAGCCAUGGAAGGAAGCAGCAAACAUCUACUUGCACCUUGAACAGGCUGUAGAUGUUUCAAAGCGUCAACUUUCAGUCACUGCCGAACAUGAGUGCGUUCGUCUCCACUGUCUACUGCGUGAUCUUUCUUCACUUACACAAUUGAUAGGUCGAAUGUAUCCACAUUUCAUUGGUAAAGUUCUUAGAACGCUAUUCCCUGAUGCACAACAGUUGGUGCUACAAUUAACAGGAAUGGCAACAUAUGCAUCUCGUGUUCAGUUGCAUCAUCUUCAUACAUCACCUCCCAUACUGACUGAGGACUUGGUAGAAGUCCAUUCCCAAGUUCUUGCUGCUCUAAAAGCCUGGUGUCACUGGAUUGCUCAGUUGAGGUCUGAAGGAAGUAUGAGGGCAGUAUAUGAACAAGUUAUGGUAGAUAUCAUACAAUCUGUUUAUCCAUUGCUGACUAAAGCUGGAGAGCCAGAAAGACUGUGCCAUUCAGCUGCACAUUUGCUGUUGUCAUUCACCAAUGUUGUAAGACCUUUGCGGCUGUGGGAAGCAGAUGCAAUAAGAGAAAUGUAUCAGAUUGUGCCAAGGAUGAACUAUCUCCAACCUGAGACAAAGCGGUUAGUGACACGAGCACUUUGUAAUACCUUACUGCUGUCUUGCCCAGGGGUACCUAAUAAUGAGCAAUGCUGGGAUGAACGACACAGGUUGCUGACAGAUCUUAUGGAUUCACUCACUGCCUGCUUUCAACAUGUGACACCAACUUCACCUCAUGCUCAAGAUGUAAUUACAAACACACUGCUGCUGCUUGGUGACCUGGUUGAAUCUGUUUGUUCGGAAAUAACAAAUACGAAGAAACUUCUGUUUUCUGUCAUUCAGGCAAAUAUACACAAAGCAUUAUCACUCUUCCCAGCAUAUGUGCGGACGCCUAAUGUUUGUGAAGCAAUACUUGAAUUCUUCAUGAAAGCAUUUGCAGGCUUACAGCAACAAUUAGGAGCAUCACUUACAGAAACAACUGUCCAAACAUUCCUGGAUGUUUUCACAAGAGAACAGUUAUCCACAUCUAUGGGACAGGAAGGUGGUGCUGGAGCUAGAGUUGUUGAAAAAUUUCUUCAGCUGCUGCAGCUUGUUAUAGCUGAGCCAGCUGCUUCAUUUAAGCGCUUUGUGCCCAGCACUAUCACACUUUGCCUGGAACAUGUGUAUCCUCUUGUUGCAGAAUCUCCCUCACCAGAAAUAAAGCCUGCUUUGUUCGGGCUGCUGCAUGCUGUAAUGAUGCACAAAUGGCAAUAUUUCUAUAACACGCCUCUUCUUCAAGCACUUAAUCAAAAUGCUGGAUCAGAACAUAUUGACAACAGAGAACAAUUGAUUUCUAUUCUUAGAGCAUAUGGGCAGUCAUUGCUGCAACCAGAUAUUAAUAUUUUUGGCCAGAACCUGAAAAGUCUUGAGCAAAUAAACAUCAAAUGGAAACUUUACCAUAGAAGUAUCUUCCAGGAAGAGUUGCUGGGGCAGUUUUUGACAGUAUUAUUUCAUUCACUUAUACACAAAUCUCAUGCUUUGCUGGAAGAAGAAAUUACAACAGCAAUGUACAACAUGGCAUCUGUAAAUUUUACUGCCUUCUACAGUGAAUAUCUCCCCAGGUUUCUGCAGUCUACCGAGGGUUUGGAUAAUGAUCAAAAGGAGAUUUUACAAAGAAAUUUCAGGCAAGAAGUGGACCUUCCAUCGUUUACCCAGAACGUGCAGAGAUUGGUAAAUGAUCUACGAUGUUAUAGGCUGUGUAAUAGCAGUCUUCCUGGGGGCAGUGUAAAACUCUGAACUUUAUAGUGUACAGUCAUAUAAAUGGCUUUAGCUUUGCAGUGUAAAGUGGACCAAUAUGUGUAACUUUUUAUAUUCUUCAUAAGGCUUUUGUGAAUUUUUAUAUUGCUAAUGAUGAUUAGGAUGAAAGUCCUGAAUCAAAAAGAUUGUCUUAUUAUGUAUUUUGCUGUUAUUAAACUUCUUAUAGAAGAAGAAUGGUGCAAAUUUUCUUAUUUUGUAUAGUUGUGUAUUGUUCACAGAUAUAAAAUAGAAAUCUGAAAGAA